AGUGGGUUUUACAGGGGUUUAGUGACACCUUGUGUGUGAACAGAGAACUGCUCUCUCUGUUGUGGAGGAAGGACGUGGACUAACUUCAGUCAGUCUGCAGGAAACUUGAGAAGUUGAGAUCCAGAAAUGGCAGCUCAGGAGGAAUUCUUUGCGGGCAUUCCCAAGAUCCCAUACUCACCCAGUGCUGGGCCUGGAGAUGUCAUGUGCUUCAAACACUACAAUGCAGAGGAGGUGCUGAUGGGGAGGAAGAUGGAGGACUGGCUGAGGUUCUCCGUCUGCUACUGGCACUCCUUCUGUGGCACUGGAGCUGAUCCUUUCGGGUCUCCGACCCUCCACCGGCCCUGGAAUGAAGGAACUCCCAUGGACUCAGCCAAGAAGCGACUGCGGGCUGCUUUCGAGUUUUUCACCAAGCUUGGUGUGAAAUACUACACAUUUCAUGACAGGGACAUGGCUCCUGAGGGCUCCACCCUGGAGGAGUCCAACAGGAAUCUGGAUGAAAUAACAGACCUGGCUCUCCAGCUGCAGAGCCAGACUGGAAUCAAGGUGUUGUGGGUCACCUGCAACCUCUUUGCCCACCCAAGGUACAUGAAUGGUGCAGCCACCAACCCUGACUGCCAUGUUCUGGCCUACGCUGGCGCUCAGGUUAAGAAGGGGCUCGACACUGCCAAGAAGCUGGGUGCAGAAAACUUUGUGUUUUGGGGAGGGAGGGAAGGUUUCCUGUCUGUCCAUAAUACUGAUGUUGCUGCUGAACUGAAGCACAUGGCCAACUUCUUCAAAAUGACUGUCAAUUACAAAGAGAAGAUCGGGUUGAAGUGUCAGUUUCUUAUCGAACCCAAGCCGAAGGAGCCCUGCAAACACCAGUAUGACUAUGAUGCUAUGAGUGUCAUCGGAUUCCUUAAGCAUUAUGGUCUGGAGAAUCACUUUAAGUUGAACAUCGAGCCCAACCACACCACCCUGGCAGGACACUCCUACGAACAUGAUGUUGUCAUGGCCUCUGCGUUUGGCAUGCUGGGUUCAGUUGACUCAAACACUGGGUCUCCUGACCUGGGGUGGGACACAGACCAGUUCCCCAUGGACAUCAGGAACACCACCUUGGUCAUGAAGACCAUCAUUGAACAAGGUGGUCUGCAGCCAGGAGGCCUGAACUUCGAUGCUAAGGUGCGCAGGGAGUCCACAGACCUGGACGACCUGUUCAUCGCUCACAUCGGAGCCAUGGACACCUUUGCAAGAGGACUCAGAAAUGCUGUUCGCCUUAUUGAGGACGGGCUCAUCGCCGGUAUGGUGAAGGAGAGAUACUCAAGCUUCAGUCAUGGUAUCGGACAGAAAGUGGAGGAUGGUUCUGCCACCUUGGAGGAAAUGGAGGCCUUCAUCAAGCAGAACGGUGAGCCGAAAGUGACAUCAGGGCAGCAAGAGAAAUAUGAAUCAAUCUUUAAUCACUACAUAUGAUAAAGCUUCGCUCUCCUGUGUCUGCAUUAUGACAUGAUAACCUUUGACCUUAGAUAGAGUGUUAAACAGAGUGUUAGAAAGGUAGAGCACUUUAUUAAUCCCACUGGGAGUAAGAAUUGCAUUUAUUUGCGGUUGUUUUACUAACUUAAAAAGUAAAAAUACAGAUGCUGAACACUGCAAGUAGAGAGCUGAAAUGUUUAUGUAUAACAUGACCAUGACAGACUAACUGAUAGACCUAUUAACAUUUUGGGAAUCAGUGUAGCAUUAUGUAUUUGUGGUGCUAUUGACAUAACAUCUGGAAUUGGAUACUCUGAGUGGCUAUAUUCAUAUUAGCUGAUGACUACUGAUGUUCACUCUGUAAUAAAACAUAUUAUCACAAUGCA